AUGUCCGACAUUAUCCAGGAUACGCUGUUACAGCGUCUUUCAGAAUUUCUGAUCACCUAUGGUCCUCUUCCAGCCGAUAUAGACUUCGGCGAAGAACUUACCGAGGCUCAUGGUCUUAUUGCUGAGUGUUUGGAGGCUCUCAACAAGCCUCUCGACACCCCCACGCCACCAGAACCCAUUAUUGAUACGGCCCAGGAAGAGGUUAUUACCAGCCUCACCAUAGAACUAGAAGCAGCCAACGAAAAGGCUGCCGAUUUUUGGCAAACCUUGUGCGAUAACCAGGAAGGUUCUACCGAGAUCAUCCGAGGUCGCGACGAGGUUAUCGUUGCUUUGAAGAUUGAGCUGGAGGAGUCUAAAGCCGAAGAGGAGGAGCUUCGGUAUCGUCUGGCAUUACAUCAGGAAAACCUCGCCAUCACUGACGAAAACCUCGCUAAUGCUGAAGAUGAAAUUCUUCACAUUACCUCUGUUGCAAAGGCCUGGGAGGCCCAAGCCAAUGCCACCAUCGCUGACCUUCGUUCUCGUAUCUCCGUUUCUACCGCUACAGUUAAAUCUCGCCAUGUCUCCAAGCCUCGUUACCUGACUCCUCGCACCCAAGAUCCCCGUUCCAUUAGCAAUUGGCGAGAAAGGCCACUUGAAAAUGGAUCCUCAAAGCCGGCGUUAAAAGCCCCGCCACCUGUUUCUGUUCUCCCUGUUGCUGCUGUGUCUGAAGAUAAGAUGUCCGAAGACUCUCUUGUUGUUACCUGUUCGGUCUCUCAGAAUCCCGACUCUUUCGUUUCCACCUACGCUCUUAUUGAUACUGGAGCAUCAGGAUAUGCUUUUAUCGAUGAAUCUUUCGCACGCAACAACAAUCUUGCAAUGACCCCCCUUAAGAAAUCUCGCCUGGUAGAUGUUAUGGAUGGAAGACCUAUCCAGUCAGGAGAAAUUACCCACGUUGUCAAUGUUUCACUAGAUAUUCAUGGUCACCGAGAAAUUGCCUCAUGUUUCGUUACAAAGUUGGGACAUUAUCCGAUCGUAAUGGGAAUACCGUGGAUGCGACGUCACGAUGUCACCAUUCGGCCAAAGGAUAAUCUACUUGUUUUUGAUUCUCAGGACUGUCUUAAACACUGUUCACUCAGUGGAACUGCAGUUACUGUUCAUGGCGUAUCGAUUCCCUUACCAGAAUAUCAUACUGUUGUCGUUUCAGCAGCUGAUAAAUCCACUACCAACGUCAAGCAACUAGUACCAAAGGAGUUCCACCAUCGUCUCCAUAUGUUCCAAGAAUAUGACGCUUCUGUCCUGCCGCCACAUCGACCGUCCCAUGACAUUGAAAUAAUUUUGGAAGAGGGUAAACGAGUACCGUAUGGACCCAUCUAUGGCCUGUCGCAGACUGAAUUAAAAGCACUACGGGAAUACCUUGAUGAAAAUCUACCUAAGGGAUUUAUUCGGGCCAGUGAGUCACCAGCGGGAGCACCCAUACUGUUCGUAAAGAAAAGUGAUGGGACUCUCCGGCUCUGUGUAGAUUAUCGAGGUCUCAAUGCAAUCACGGUCAAAAAUCGGUAUCCGUUACCAUUGUUAAAGGAAACCCUGGCCAAGUUAUCAAGAGCGCAAUACUACACCAAGCUGGAUCUACGUUGGGGAUAUAACCAAAUCAGGGUAGCCGAGGGAGACGAAUGGAAGACGGCGUUCAGGACUCGUUAUGGACAUUUCGAGUAUACUGUAAUGCCGUUUGGAUUAGCGAAUGCCCCUGCCACAUUUCAACACUGGAUCAAUGAUAUUCUACGUCCUUACCUCGAUCAAUUUGUAACGGCAUAUCUCGAUGAUAUCCUGAUCUAUUCGGAGACUCUGUCGGAGCACAAAGAGCAUAUUCAGAAGGUUCUGAAGGUACUUGAUGAGAAUCAUGUUCACCUUAAACCUGAGAAAUGCGAGUUUAUGGUUCAGGAAACAAAGUAUCUCGGCCUGAUUCUCACCCCGGAUGGGAAUCGAAUGGAUCCGAAGAAAGUUGUCGAUGUUUUGGAGUGGUCUACACCAAGGAACCUUCAUGAUGUUCAGGUAUUUUUGGGAUUCGCUAAUUUCUAUCGACGGUUUAUCCUAGGAUACUCAAAGAUUGUUGCUCCACUUACGGCUUUGACGAAGAAAAAUGUUAAGUUCGAAUGGACGGAUGAAAGGGAGGAAGCAUUCCAGACAUUGAAAAAGAUGUUUACAACGGCACCCAUACUAGCGCACUUUGAUCCGAAUCGGAAAAUCGUAGUAGAAACCGAUGCAUCCGACUAUGUUUCUGCUGCAAUCCUGUCCCAACGUGAUGAUGAAGGAAUUUUACAUCCAGUUGCUUUCUUCUCAAAGAAGCAUUCCCCUGCGGAAUGCAACUACGAAAUCUAUGACAAAGAACUUCUGGCAAUUGUACGAUGUUUUGAGGAGUGGCGACAUCAUUUGGAAGGGGCACAAUUUCCAAUCGAAGUCCUCAGCGAUCAUAGGAACCUCGAAUAUUUCAUGUCAACAAAGCUAUUAAACCGUCGACAAGCCCGUUGGUCGGAAUUUCUUUCACGUUUUGAUUUCGUCAUUCAAUUUAGACCAGGGAAACAAGGGGCAAAGCCGGAUGCAUUGACUAGGAGGUCGGGUGACCUACCUAAGGAGGGGGAUGAACGGUUGAUGCAUCAAAGCCAGGUGGUUUUGAAGCGAAAAAAUUUGGAUUUAAAGCUAAGUUUGUUCGCGGGUUCUUUUUCAAAUGAAUCCGCUGAAGGAAUGUCCACUGUAGAAGAGUUGUUUUUAAAUGCUUACCAAGUUGACAGUUUCCCGAACAAAGUACUCGCGAUGCUUCGGAACGGCAUCCGUCACUCGAAUAAGAUCUCGCUUGCCGAAUGUACGGAAGACAACAACGGUCGGCUACUUUACCGUGGUGUACUCUAUGUACCCGACGACAAUGAUCUUCGGCUAAGACUUCUAAAAGAGUAUCAUGACAAACCAUCGGCAGGUCAUCCAGGCAGAGCGAAGACUUUGGAACUCCUGAAUCGAGAGUAUUACUGGCCACAAAUGCGGAAGUAUAUCGAUCAGUAUGUUCGGAACUGCAAUGUGUGUGCCCGUAGCAAGGUGCCACGCAAUGCACCCUAUGGAGUACUCCGGCCGAUGCCAAUACCCGAUGGACCAUGGACGGAUGUGUCAAUGGACUUUGUUACCGACCUCCCAGAGAGCGAUGGAUACAAUGCAAUCUUGGUCGUGGUGGAUAGGUUAACUAAGAUGCGACACCUAAUACCAACAACAAAGGAGGCGGACUCAAGGGAAGUAGCGAGACUGUAUAUUGACAAUGUUUGGAAGUUACAUGGGUUACCUGAAACUAUGGUAUCUGAUCGAGGAACACAAUUUGUUGCGGAAUUCUGGAGGUCCCUUUGCGAUCGUUUGGAAAUAUCGCCAAAGUUCUCUACAGCGUUUCACCCCCAGACGGAUGGACAAACGGAAAGGAUCAAUGCUGUGAUGGAACAAUACCUUCGAAGUUAUGUUUCUUAUCAACAGGACGACUGGGUUCGAUGGUUGCCAAUGGCCGAGUUUGCAACAAAUAACCAUGCUUCUGAAACAACGAGAAUCUCUCCAUUUUACGCCAACUCAGGAAGGAAUCCAAGAAUGACUUUUGGUCCUUUGGAACAUGGUAGGACGACAGCGGAAGACCAAGCGAAUACCAUUGCACGAGAGAUGAAGGAUAUACUAGACGUUUUACGAGCUGAAUUGUUCCGAGCGCAAAGGAUUCAAGAGGAGUCGGCCAAUAUAAGUCGGACUCCAGCGCCUCACUAUCGGAUGGGGGAUAAAGUUUUUCUAUCGACCCGCCAUGUCCUCACCAAACGACCCUCGAAGAAACUUGAUUGGAAACGCAUUGGACCAUAUGUCGUGAAGCGGAUCGUUAGUCCUUAUGCCUAUGAGUUGGAACUCCCUCGUUCUAUGAAAGUUCAUCCCAUAUUCCAUGUCUCUUUACUGUCGUCUGCAGCAAACGAUCCUUUACCAGGACAACAACAGUUACCACCACCGCCGGUUGAAGUUGAAGGACAGGAGGAGUGGGAAGUCGAGGAUAUUUUAAAUUCCAGGGAUCAUCGGGGAAGAUUUGAAUACUUGGUUAAGUAUGUCGGUUAUGAUGAAGCUUCGUGGCAGCCAUUGUCGGAUGUCGAACAUUCGCCCGAUAUUUUCCUACGUCCUCAGUCCCCGUUACACCUCCAACUGGAUGCCACCGGGCAGACACAGCUUGUCAAAAAACCCAGGACCGCUCUACAGACCUACAUUCCUGGCUGUGAGCCUGCCUGGCAGGAUACCGAUGAGAUCUCCGCCCAACAGUUCUUCACAGAGCUCCAGACCUACCUCCAACACAGCCUGCAGAAUCAGUUGACCCGGGGCAGUCAGGCCCUACUCAUUGUACAAGAGCGCCAGGCAGCACAGAAUGCUCUGAUGGCAGAGGCUCUUGAGUACAUGAGGAGGGAGGUCAACUCUGUUCAGGAAGAACUUCGGAAGUAUGUGGAGAGGGAUGAGCUGAAUGCCGAUGCCAUGGAGAUUGAGUGGACAAACCCGGCUACUCCACCAGACUUUGUUGCCGAGAUACAGAGAGCCCUUGAUGAAGGAAGACUGGUGGUGGGUAGACCAGCAACUCCGGCACCAAAUCCAGGCUCUAGGUCCUCGUCCAGGGCAGCCACCAGAACAAUGCAGCGGAAGACCAGUCCCUUCGCAGCAUUUCCGGUCCGAUCCACUAGGAGAGUUAUCCCUAUUGUGCAGCCAGCGGUGGGGGCUUCACCCUUACCACCUAGCCGCUUCGGUGGAACACACCCACUCCUUGGAGGAGCUGACCGAUCCUUUGACUAUGAAGGAGAGUUCUUCUCAGGUACCGGCCGAGGACCUCCCAGUCCGCUAGCCAGGAACCCAGGAAGGUUCACCAUGUCUGGGGCCGCUCAACCAGCAGCAACCUCACCACUGGCCAGCAAUCCGGCACCAGUAGCACCUGUGGCCUCUUCUGCUGCGGCCACCGCUCCCCCUCCAGCCAAUGCACAGGGUGGAAGCGGUGGAAGCCAGAACCCUCCAGCCAAUGCACAGGGUGGAAGUGGUGGAAAUCAGAACCCUCCACCUCCCGUGGCCCGCGCCCCCGCUCCUGGGGAUUCAGACAGUUCUGACAGCUCAGACUCGGAACCAGAAGGUGGUAACAGGAGAGGAUGGCGGAGAUACCUUAAGAAGAAGUUGGAGAAGCAACAGAAGAAUCUGUUGGCAAUGAUGUCCCAGCAGUAUCAACCUCCGGCUACCUCCCACCCUUCUACUUCCACCAGAGCCCGGGAACCAAAGGCACCACCACCAUCAAAGUUCCAAGGCAAGGCGGAGCAAGUGGAAACCUUCAUCCGGCAAUGUGAGAAUGUGUUCUCCAUUGAGAGCCUGUCAUUUACCUCUGAGGAGGUUAAGAUCCGAUAUGCAGGCAACUUGAUGGAAGGGGAGGCAGCGAUCCGAUGGUAUGAGGCAUACCACAAUUCAAUUGAUCAAGCCUCCGCCAACCGCCUUGCUGGAAUACCGGUGCAGUUGGAUCAGAGAUGGAAGCGCUGGGAUUCCUUUGUGGAUGCUUUUAGAGCUGCCUUCGGUGAAGCCAUCUCUAGAGAUGAUGCUGUAGCCCAAUGGAAUACCCUCACCCACACAGCUCGAGGAGGAAUAGACCUCUUCCUGAAUACUAUUAUUCAGCUGAUGUGGAAGACUGGCUAUGAGGGUCAGUUGGUGGAUGAUAAGAUCCAUAACUCCCUCCUCCCGGACCUAGGCAUGAGUUGGGCUCUUUUCAACCCCAAGCCAAAGUCCUUGAUGGAGCGGAUAGCUGCUCUAAGAGAGUUAGGGCAUACCCAUGAGAGGUACCAAGGGAUGGCAGCUGAGAAAGCGCACCCUCGGACCAAGAAAGAUCCUCCCGCUCAGAAGGACCAGCAGCCUAAGAGGAAAAGAGAAGCUGCGAGCUCCUCCGGACCUCAGAAGACUCCAGGACCUAAAGACAAAGCGGUGGAACUGAAGGGUAUCCCGGGGGAUAUUCUAGAAGAAAGAAGGAAAGCAGAAGUAUGCUUGAAGUGCGGCAAGUCCAGACACAAAUGGACCGAUUGUUGGUCCAAAGAACCUACUGUUGUCCGAGUGGCAGCAGUGAGAGUACAAAAACGGAAAAGAGGGAAUGGCAAAUCCAACUCUCAGAAGAAGGCUAAAGUGGCUGCUGUAGUAGCAGAAGAUCCACUUGUUGUACUCCCGGAGGUUACAGAAGAUUUUGUUUUUCAGCCUGAGCAAGACUCGGACAAUGAAAUCAUCUGGUAG